AUGCUCGCAGUCGUGAGCAGACGGGCAGGAGUCUUGGAACAAGAAGGUCGGGCUGUCCAUGACCUCCAAGCAGAACUGGACAUGGUAAGGGCAGCCGCCGAGAGCCAACGGCAAAAGGCGGAACGUGUCGAAUGGCUCGAGGGGGAGCUCGCGGAGGCAGAGAAUAAAGCACUACUCCAGCAAGGGAAGGCAGCUGUUACAGAGCUUACAGCAGAGUUGGCGACGGUCAAGGCAGACGCUGAAAUCUUACAGAAAGAAGCAGAACGAGUUCAUGGCCUGGAGACAGAAUUAAAUGAUUUAAGAACAGUAUUGCAAGCUAUAGGCAAGGCGCAAGAGGAACUGGAGAAGACGAGACAGGACCUAGGAGACUUGAGGCAACUAUCAGGCUCGUAUAUCAAGAAACUGAAAUUAGCAAAAGCCGAUGCUGAAAAGAGGCUAGAAGCCUCUAAGAGUCGAGUGACAGGCCUGGAAGAAGACCUGGAAGUAGCGCGGCAAUCUAUUAAGGAGAGAGAAACAGAGUUACUGGAGAGAGAGAAGAAGAAACUCGAGGCCGAGCAGAAGGAGAUUCAAGCUGCGGUGGCCGAGGCAAAAGCCUCAAGCAGCCAGGAUCUUGGGGAACUCAUGCAGCAGGAAGCGCAUGUCGAUGCCAGUCUCUCAUAG